AUGAACAAACCACAAAGUUCCAAUUCCAUUGAUGACAAACUAGUACAAAGGGGGUUGACUAAAAUUCGCGCGGACUCUCGCAACAAUGCGCCCACUUGCUAUUCUACAUCUUGCAGUACAGUAUCACGAGCUGCAGAACAAGUACCACUGCCUGAAGAAGAAAAAGAAGAAGAAAAAGUUGUACCUACUAUUACUAGUAAUAAUGGCGACUGUGCGGCAGCGGCCACCGGAGCACAGGCCUUGCCCGUGGUCCAGACCCUCUCACUCGCCCACGCUUGCACACAAGUGGGUGGUGACAAAAGUGAUAUUUAUAGUAUCAGUACACCUGUUGCUUCCACACUGGUAGAUGAAGAAGAAGAAGAAAAAGAAGAAGAAGAAGAAGAUCAAAUCCGAAAACAUGACCAUCUCGCAAAACCCUGUUCCGUGCUACUCUCUCAAAGACACCGUAGUAAUAGCCCACCUCCUCAGCUUGCUGAUUUAAAUCUUUCUAGAAAUGAAGCCCACUGCGGUCUAGCACAAUGGCCUUCACUUGAGGCCCGUCUCUCCAGACUUGUAAGAGCCCACAUCAACUCCAAAUCACGCAGAACGGUAGACGUCCACACUCUUUUGCUUUGGGCCCGUGAUCUCUAUGUCCAGCUAUACGGACAACCCGGUAGCCAUCGGGGCCGUAAGCGACAGCCAUCACCAGAUUGUGACUCGUAUCACCGGUGCUACAAUUACAAUGUGUACAAUUAUUAUGGAUCGACAAACAAUGAAGCAUCAGGGCAUGACGUCAAGCGCAUGAUACCUCCAGCGGCGUUGGGAUCGCUACGUAAGAGCUCUACCAUUCCACGCACUCUGGUGUACCUGAGCGAUAGUGCAUUGUCGGUGCCUUACGUGCGGCGGGCCAGUGCACCAGUAGGUAGCGAAGCGGGACCUCGAGGAGGGGUUGAUGAUCAUUCAGAAGACAAUGAUGGCACCAAGAAUGAAAAUUUACGUUAUGAUAAUGACGAGGACUUGAAUGCAUACCAUAAUAAUAAUGACCUUAGCUCGCACCACCCACACCAGCAUAAAAUUGAGGCGUCGCGGUAUAAGGGGUAUGUUUUUUUUGAUAUAGUAGAGGAGGAAGAGGAUGAUGAUGAUGAUGAUGAUGAGGACGAUGAAACAGAGCUUUUUGAAUGCGAUGAUCUUGAGAGAGUACCGAGCAUUACAGAAGCCAUGAUUAUGGAGUUUGCAGCAGCCAAUCGAAUCAUCCUUUCAUGA